GGAGCGCCCGAGCAGUUGGGGAAGCCACCAGUGGUAAAGCUGGCAAAGACGGGAAGGAGGGAAAGAUAGACAGAAGAGAUAGACAGGAGACAGAGAGACAGAUACGAGACAGGGAGACAGCCCCGAAAGAGAGCGUUUCACCUCGGCCGACCGUCUGUUACGUUGCGAAACGUCAUACUUUGAGGUGUGACAGCAGCAGAAUAACUGAAGAGGAGAAUGUGACUGGCCUUUCUUAACGUUACACACAGCUUAAUUCACAACCGAGGGCAACAACGUAAACACAGCCGCAGGCUUUCAACUGCAGCAAACUCCAUCUGCUGAUGAAGACUACUGUUUCCAAGGUGAUCCCAUCAUCCUAGGCCUUGUGGAUUAACUAGCUGCCUUUAUCUAAAGGGAUGCCCUAUUGAUUACUGCUUUCUAACAAAUCCCAUUGGUUACAGUGAGUGUGUUGGAAAGGCCUUGAUCACAGCUAUGUCAACACUGCAUCAAGAUAUUUCAAGUCAAGAAGGACUACAGUAGAAGACUGACGGGAGUUUUCAGCUGUUACAUUUAGUAUUUCAGAUUUUUUUGGGACAUCUAUCUUAAAUGUUUUGCUUUUACUGAUCUGAGUUUGUAAUUCUGAGCAUGUAUUUUUGAUUCACUUGCUUUAUUUAUUUGAACCAGACACUCUUUCAUCUCUACUGUAUACGCACCAUAUUCCCUUACCAUGUACGGUAGCUCCCGUUCCGUCUCAAAGCUGGAUGUUGUUGGAUCCAAUGGUAAUGGGGCAGUGUCUGGGAGUCCUGGUCGCUCCCCACGCCUCCCUCGCUCCCCACGCCUUGGACACCGGCGAAACAGCAGCAGCAGCUCUACCGGCGGACUUACUGGAUCCGGUAAAACCCUUUCCAUGGAGAAUAUUCAGUCUCUAAAUGCUGCUUAUGCUACAGGCGGCCCUAUGUACUUCACUGACACAGCUGAUGAUCCGGUCGGCAUUGGGAGCCUGGGCAGUGGGCUGAACCCCUCGCUGCCCAAAAGCACCAUGACCCUGGGCAGGGCUGGGGCCAGGGUACCCUACGGAAUCAGGGCGGCCAUCAUGGGGAGCAGUCCUAAUAUAAACACUGGAGGAGGUGGUGGAGCAGUCAUGCCCAGUGAUGCAAUAGCAUUUGGGGGGGAGUUGCAAAACCAGCUUUCACAGGCGGCUACUGUGCCCCACUCCAUGAGACAGGUGAGAGAUGGUGCGAUGUCAGACCUACAGACACAGUUAAGAGAAGUGCUGCGAGAGAACGAACUACUACGCAGAGAACUGGAGGCUAAAGAGUCCAAGUUGAGCUCCUCUAUGAACUCCAUUAAGACGUUUUGGAGCCCAGAGCUGAAGAAAGAGAGGGCACUGAGGAAGGAUGAAGCCACAAAGAUGACCGUGUGGAAGGAACAGUACAGAGUGGUACAGGAGGAAACACAGCAUCUUCAGUGCAACAUCCAGGCUUUACAAGAUGAGCUCAGAAUCCAGCGGGAUCUGAACCAGCUCUUCCAGUCCGAUUACUCCGAGUCCGGUCACCUCGGAAACCAGCCCAUCCCCCCUCAGGAAAUGACAGAGGAGAACUUCCUGCGUCUCCAUGGCGAGUACGAGCGACAGGUCAAAGAGCUCUUCCUCCUGAGGAAGACUGUGGAAGAAAUGGAGCUGAGGAUAGACACACAGAAACACACACUAACUGCCAGGGAUGAAUCCAUAAAGAAGUUACUGGAAAUGUUGCAGAGUAAAGGACUGUCAUCACGGGCAACCGAGGAGGACCAUGAACGAACGAGGCGACUGGCUGAUGCUGAGAUGACCAUCCACCAACUGGAGGGCCUACUGGAGCAAAAAGACAAGGAGAUGCUACAACUCAGAGAGGAGCUGCACAGGAGAUAUGAAGCAGCUCCAGAAUCAACAAAGACCAAGGCCUUGCAGACAGUCAUCGAAAUGAAGGAUGCGAAGAUCAGCUCACUGGAGCGUGGCAUGAGAGAACUGGAGGAGGAGGUGAACAUGCUCAAGUCCAAUGGAGCCCUGAGCUGCGAGGAGAGGGAGGAGGAGAUCAAACAGAUGGAGGUCUACAGAUCCCACUCCAAGUUCAUGAAAAACAAGGUUGAGCAGCUGAAGGAAGAGCUUACUCACAGCCAAUCAGAGAAGGAGGAGCUAAGGCAACGAGCCAAUGAGCUUCAGCGGGAGGUGUCUGCAAUGGAACAGGCAAAGCAGGACCUGAGUCGUAAGGACAGUGAGCUGUUGGCUUUCAGGACCAAACUGGAAACUCUGAACAAUCAGUUUUCUGACAGUAAACAACACGUGGACGUACUCAAGGAGUCACUCACUGCCAAGGAACAGAGAGCCGCUAUACUACAGACUGAGGUGGAUGCGCUGCGUCUGCGUCUAGAGGAAAAGGAAUCUCUCCUCUCUAAAAAGAGCCAGCAGAUAUCAGAGUUGACAGAGGAGAAAAGUACUCAGCAUGGAGAGAUCACCGACCUUAAAGACAUGCUCGAUGUCAAGGAACGCAAAGUCAAUGUACUGCAGAAGAAGAUAGAGAACCUCCAGGAUCAGCUGAGGGAUAAAGAGAAACAGCUGGGCGGCCUGAAAGACAGAGUCAAGUCUUUACAGACAGACACCUCAAACACCGACACAGCACUGGGAACACUGGAGGAGGCUCUGGCUGAGAAGGAGCGAAUCAUCGAGCGGUUGAAGGAGCAGCGGGAGAGGGAAGAGAGAGAAAAGGGGGAGGAGAUGGAGUCCAGCAAAAAGGAGCUGAAGGAGUUGAGGGAGAAGGUCUCCCAGCUGCAGGCUGACCUGGCUGACCGUGAGACGUCUGUGUUGGAUCUGAAGGAGAAGGCUUCCUCUCUGGCUUCCUCCACUCUGAAGAAGGACAGCAGGCUGAAGAGUCUGGAGAUUGGCCUGGAGCAGAAGAGAGAGGAGUGUGUCAAACUUGAGAACCAACUCAAGAAGGCUCAGAGUGCAGUGGCAGAUUCCCAGGCCAGUACUGAACUCUCCGAACGCAUCUGCUGCCUGGAGCAGGAAGUGACCCAGCACAAAGAGGAUGCUGGGAAGGCCCAAUCUGAGGUGGAACGACUUCUGGAGAUCCUGAGAGAGAUGGAGAAUGAAAAGAACGACAAGGAGAAAAAGAUCCAUGAGCUGGAGAGUCUUGCCUCAAGGCAGAUGAAGGACCAGUCGAAGAAGGUGGCUAACAUGAAACACAAGGAGCAGCUGGAGAAGAGCAGGAAUGCCCAGAUGAUGGAGGACGCCAGGAAGAGAGAGGACAAUCUGAACGAAAGCUCCCAGCACAUAAAGGACACCCUCCGUCAGAAGGAGGAGCGCAUUGAGGAGCUGGAGGAGGCACUGAGGGAAAGCGUUCAGAUUACAGCGGAGAGGGAGGUGGUGCUCGCCCAGGAAGAGCAGGCACGCAAACAGUCCGAUAAACAGCUGUCUCACAUUCCAAUGCAUGAGUUCCCCACAGCCGGCUUUAGGUGGUCAAAGGUGGAAGACCUGCUGGUUGCCAUGGAGAAGGUGAAACAGGAACUGGAGGUGAUGAAAGCCAAGCUGUCAUCAACUCAACUCUCACUGGCCGAGAAGGAAGGUCACCUGACCGCCCUGCGGGCCGAGAGGCGGAAACACCUGGAGGAGGUCCUGGAGAUGAAGCAAGAGGCGCUGCUGGCAGCAAUAAGUGAGAAAGACGCCAACAUUGCCCUGCUAGAGCUCUCCUCAUCCAAAAAGAAGAAAACCCAGGACGAGGUGGCAGCUCUGAAGAGGGAGAAGGAUAGUCUGGUUCAUCAGCUCAAACAGCAGACUCAAAACCGGAUGAAGCUGAUGGCGGACAACUAUGAUGAUGACCAUCUGAAGGUCUCCUCUCCAAACUCAGAGCAGCCCAACAAUCACAAGCCCUCCCCGGACCAGAUUCUCUCUCCUCUCCUGGAUCUCACUCAGAAUCGCAGCAAACUGAAGCUGUACAUCAGUCACCUGACCUCGCUGUGUCAGGAGCGAGAUCCAAUCAUAUUGCAGGACUUCGCCCCGCCCCCCGCCUAUCACCGCUCUGACUCCGCCUCCUGGCAUACGCAGCUGCAUAGCAUGACGCAGGAACAGUUGGAGGCAGAGUUAGCACUGUGCGAGAGGGAGGGGGCGGAGCUCCAGGAGUACGCCAAUCAGGUCCUGCAGCAGAUCGCCGACCGAUGCCCUGACAUUUUGGAACAAGUCGUCAACGCUCUUGAGGACAGCUGCUGACACACGAAUGCACACACACUGAGAAAAAAAUAAAUAAGCUGACGUACAUACAUUAAUUAGCACGCAAAGUCAGAAAACAAGCAUACAUGCACCAAACAUUUAACACUCAGUCACACACACAGGACCAUCAGAAGUCUCCAGCAAGCCCCCAUAAUCCCCUGAUACACAAAUAAAAUUAGUGUUGGACAUGAGGAUGAAGACUUUCUCUUCCACCUGCUCUUCUUCACUCAUCUCAUUUUCACAGACGGGAAAGGAGAUCUGCAAAAAAAUCACGCCACUACUGAAAAAUAUUCUUCCAAUGUGUCUUUAGUCCCUAUAAUUUUGAACAAACAGUGCCAGCUGAGGGAAAAAAUUUUGAUUUUUCAGUUCAAAGUGCUUUGUUGGCAUGCAAGUUAAUUGGAAAUAGUUGAUGUUUGUUGAGAUAUUAAACACGUAUUUUCCUAACUACUCCAAAACAGAAGGAGACUUCACUGCUCUUGCCAUCUGUGACACUUCACAGCGGCCAUCUUGUGUCCUUCCAGGCAAUCAGCGAGUUGGAUUUGUAAUCAUGACUUGAUGUAGUUUAUGGGGGGAAAAUAUUUUCAAGCUGUAUAAAAAGGGUGAAAGUAAGUUGAGCUUGCUAGGUUGUUUCUGAUGCCAGACUUACAUGCUGUUACCACAUUGUUAUUUGAUUGGUUCAGAUACAAAAGUGUGUAUAUUUCAGCUGCCUUUGAUUCUUUACAUCAUUUGCUGCUAUCUUUUUAACUUUUAGUUUCUAUUUUAUUUUCCAUUUCUUGUUUUUUCUUUUCUUUUUUGUCUGAAAUCUGAUGAAACGUGCCAACUUGCAGUUUCUUUCAGCAGUAAUCUUGACAUAGUUGUGUAAAUUGUAUAGAAAGAAGUUUAAUUAACAGAAACACAGCUUUCAUCAGGGGAACAUGACACUGUCAUCUAUUUUUUCCCAUUACUGAUGAAAGGCAUAAACUACAAAAAAUCUCGCAAUACUCCCUUUAUUAAAAAACACACCAAUGUAGAUGUUUUGUGUUUCUUUUUAAGAAAAAAAUGUUCAGUUAUGGUGUCGAUGCUGAAAUUAGGUUGAGUUCAGAGAAUCCCUCACUUGCCGUUUUAUGACAAUCCCUUUGUUAACAUGUGGAGAAAUCUGAAUUUAUUAAUUUGCCUUUAUUGAAACAUCUUUUGUUUUUGUUCUUUUUUCUUGGGAGGGAGGGACUAUGAGAUAAUCGCGAUAUAUUUUUUUGCCUUUGGUAAUAUAUAUAAAACACUAAUCUUGUUUAAUUGAAAAUAUUGUCAUGUAUUGGUUUGUAUGUUACAUAAUGUGUCAAAAUCUUUUUUUUGUAUGUGUGUGUGUGUGAUUUGCAAGUAACCACAGAUUUGUUACAUAAGUAGGAGACUGUUAUUUGGAAAGUAUAUUGCACCUACCUGAAGCUCUGUGUCCACCAGGAACAAUUCCUCAGAAUCAGUUUCUUGUUCUUGUUGUUUACAGUGGAAAUGACACUCUGAUGCAUGUUUCCCACAGCGCUGGCAGCCUUAGCAUGAUUUAAACGCUUACAGCACUGAGCACUAGAGGUUCAAAUUGUUUCGACUUCACUCAAAAGCUCUUCUAACAGGUUUUUUUUUAGUCUUAUAUUGUAGUGAGUGCUGAAGCCGUGACUGGCCACAUGCAACUGUUUAGCACUGCUCCCUGAAUAGAAAUACCAGGUGGACACAAAGCCUAAAGAUGGGGAUUUACACUGCACAGUCAAGUCUGAUUUUACACCAUCAUAAGGCUUUCUGAACAGGCAAAAAAAAAGGGUCAAUUUCAGCACCUAAGCUGUGUAUUAAAGAAGCUCCAAGUCACAUGGGUGUAAAUGAGGAGUUUCAUUCCAAAACAUUUCUGUUUUAUGAGGAGAAAUCUCAGCCUGAUAUUCGGUGCAUUUGUUCCUCAAAUGUUACCAGUUAGCUAAAAGCUUUAAUGCUCAUGAAGAGCUUGUGUUUGACAAAAUGUUCUUAUUUGGAAUGAAACCGUCAGAUAUGAGCUUGUGUCGUAAAUCCAGUAUUUUGUUGUUUUAUGCUGAUAGUGUUUUGUCAUUGGGAAUGUUGAUGAUUGUGACUCACCGUGACUUUGCUGUGGAUUUAAAAUCGGAAUGAGAGAACGGAAUAAAAUAUGGAUUUAUCUUUA